AAUAUUCAUUGAAAUGAAAGAAAAAGUGGACAAAAUUUGCGAGAUUUGCAGUGAUAAAGGAAUCGGCCGACAUUUCGGUGCCAUUACCUGUGAAUCGUGUAAAGCAUUCUUCAGGAGGAAUGCCAACAAAGAUAAGCUAUUGGAGUGCCCUUCGGAUGGAAAGUGCAAAAUAAAUGCAAACACUAGAAAGUUGUGUCAAAAAUGUAGACUUAAUAAGUGUUUGGCUAUGGGUAUGAAAAAAGAAUUCAUAUUAACGGAUAAGGAAAGGGAGGAAAGGAGACAAUUAGUGGAAGAUAAUAGACGUAAACGAAAACAAUUAACUGAAUGUCAAAAAUCAUCUCAAGAAUCAGAUUUGCCAUCAAAUUCUUUAUCAAAUAAAUCCUCAAAUCCUCCAUCAAAUGAGUCGACCAUAUCUUGGUAUAGUGACAGUGACUUCUUAGGUGAUAUAACCGCAUGUGUUUUGGAUGUAAGCGAUGAGGACCUGAGCGCACAGAUUAUGGAAAUUGAAGAUUAUGUCAACAAUGAAGACUCGGAUCAAAGUAUUGAGACAUUGAGUGAUAGACUUAUGUUGCAAGACAUCAAUGAGAGAUCGCAACAAAUAGCUGUCAUUCCUCUGUUCAAAGAACUCACGGAUUAUAACGGUUUGAAUGAAUUGGAGGCCAAUAAGAUUGGGGAGCUAUUGGGCGCCUCCAAGUUAUUUGACUACCCGACCAGUAAAAACAUAAUCAAACUGACGGACAAAUUUAAUUUUGACGAGUAUUUGAGAAGUUAUUCUCAAAGAACUGAAGAGAGUGUCAAAGAAGCCCUAAAUUAUAGCAAAAUGUUGAGUGCGUUCACGAGUGAAUUCAUACGAAGUCAUGAGGAAAGGGAGGAAAGGAGACAAUUAGUGGAAGAGAAUAGACGUAAACGAAAGCAAUUGAAUAUAAGCCAGAAUUCAUACCCAGAAUCAAAUGAGUCAUCAAAUCCAUCAUCAAUGGUGUCGACCAUAUCCAGUGAUUGUGGUGUCAGUGACUCCUUCUUCAAUGAUAUAAUAGGAUGUGUUUUGGAUGUAAACGAAAGGGAACUGAGGGAACAGAUAAUGGAAAUCGAGAAUUAUGUGAAUAAUGAAGAUUUGGAUCCAAAUAUUGAGACAUUGAGUGCCAGACAACUGUUAGAAGAUAUAAACCAAAAGUCACGACAAAUGGCUGUCAUUCCUAUGUUUAAAGAGCUCACAGAUUAUAACGGUUUGAAUGAAUUGGAAACUAAUAAAAUGACCGAGUUGUUGGGUGCAUCUAAAAUUUUUGAAAGAAAAUAAUUCAUUUGUAAGAAUAAUUCAUUUUAAAAAUUAUUUACCCAAUGCUUUAUCGCUACAAAUCUCGCAAAUUUUAUUCAUAUUGUCUUUCAUAAUAGUUAAUAAUAUUUGAAUUUGCUGUCAAAAUAUUUCUGUGGAAACCAUUAAAUGUUGCACAAUACCUGUAUAUGAUUACAAAAUAUAUGAUACACUUACUAAUAGUCUAUUAAGUUACUAUGUAUUAUACUUUGAAUUUAUACUUUUCCUUCAAACAUAAAAUACAGGAAAGAUUUUUAAUUCAAAUUAUUUGACAACAAAACGUAAAUUUUA